AUGCCGGGCCUCCUCCCCCUCUCAAAAUAUAGCUCCGUCAUCUCCCUCACCACCCCCUUCACCCCACCACCCAUCCCCACCGGCACCGCCGCCACCGCAGCCCUCGACUCGGCGCUCUCCCACCUCUGGAGCGACUACCGCCGGCGCAACGGCCAGCGCGCCGCAGCCCUCGACAUCAAGCAGAUCGACCUAAGCCAGAAGACAAGCCUCCUGCGCCAGCUGCUCACUGUGCGCGAGCCGCACCCGCCGCUGCCCGCCAAUGUGCUCGUAGACGUCGAGCGCACCCUGCAAUACAUCAACCGCAAGAAGGCGCUGACGGCCGUCGCCGCACUUCCCGUGGUGCUGCCUGCGCGGCCGAAGAUUGCGCUGUGGCGCGGCGACAUCACGGCCCUGAGCGGCGUCACGGCGAUCGUGAAUGCGGCGAAUGAGAGGAUGCUGGGAUGCUUCACGCCUGGCCAUAUGUGUAUCGAUAAUGUCAUCCAUUAUGCGGCGGGCCCGCGGCUGAGGGAUGAUUGUGCGAAGAUCAUGGGAUUGCAGGGACAGCUGGAGCCGAAUGGGAAGGUCAAGGUGACGAGGGGGUAUCUGCUGCCGGCGAGGUAUGUGCUGCAUACGGCGGGGCCGCAGGUGCCAAAGAGGCCGGCGGGCGUGCCGAGGGUGUCGGAGGAGGAGAAGAGGGACCUGGAAGGGAGCUAUUGGAGCUGUCUGGAAGCCAUGGAGGACCUCCAGAUCGGGGAGGGGGAGAGCAAGUCCGUGGCAUUCUGCUGUAUAAGUACGGGCCUGUUUGGAUAUCCUCCAGAGGAAGCAGUGAACGUCGCUGUCGACACAGUGCUGGCGUAUCUCGACAAGAACCCGGCCACCAGCAUUGACCGUGUCGUGUUCAACGUCUUUACGGCCACUGACCUGAGUCUGUAUAUCGACAAGCUCAACAGCCUCCUCCCCAAGCCUACAAUCACACCGGCGCUCCUCACACCCCCCGCCACUACGUCCCCCUCCCUAGAGCUCGCCGCAAAAUGGCUCAAGUCCGCACCCAAUCUCCUCAUCACCGCUGGCGCCGGCCUCUCCGCCUCCGACGGCCUCGACUUCACCUCGCACGACCUCUUCCGCAAGAACUUCCAGGGCAUGUGGGAGAAGGGCUUCACCUGUCUGUACGACUUCUUCGGAUACGACGAGUGGGAGUCGCCCGCAGCCAAGUGGGGCUACUACUUCUGCAGCAUCAUCUUUGUGCGGGGCUGGACUGCCCCCUGCGGCGUCGACAACAGCGUGUACACGCAUUUGCGCAAGCUCAUUACAGCCCUCUAUGGCGAGGGCGGCGAGAAGAGCGCAAACCUGUUUAUACGCACGUCGAACGCCGAUGGAUUGUUCUUUCGCAAUGGCUUCAGCGCGGACAGGAUUGCGACGCCGCAGGGGACGUAUGAGCUUCUGCAGUGCAUGCGCAAGUGUCGGCCCGAUGCGUACUGGCCGGUGCAGGAGUUUAUUGACAAGGCGAUGCCGUAUCUGGAUACUGUGGCGAAUGCGAUAAGACAGGAUAUCGACGGGUGGGAGGAGGCCAUCCCGAGGUGUAAGCACUGUGCAGGAGAGAUGUUCCUGUGUGUGCGUGGAGGGAGCUUCUUCACGGAGGUGCCAUUCGUGGAGUCGAAUAGGCGGUAUGUGGAGUUUAAGAGGCGCGCGUUGAAGGAAGGGUUGGUGGUGCUGGAGUUGGGCGCGGGGUUCAAUACGCCUGGUGUUAUCAGGUGGGAGGAUGAGAGGCUGGUGACAGUCGGUGAGGGACGGGUCAAGCUGGUGAGAGUGGGAUUGGGCGGGAGCGAGGCGGUGGAGUGGGAUCUGGAGGAUGGAGAGAGGGCGGUGGCUAUUGAUGGCGAUGCUGGAAAGGUUACGAGGUCGUUGGUGGAGCUUCUGACGACCGAGUGA